UUAAAAAUUUAAAUUUCUCCAAGAACGAUGGAUUAAAAGCAUAGCUGUCAAAUUUGGCGUGUAACAAAAACUCAUUGAAUCGACCUCAAAAACCACAAGAAAUUACUCGAAUCGUCGCAAAUCAUCGAAACAAACAUCGAGACGAGAUAAUCGACGAAAAAUCUCGCGAAAACACCUCACCGGAAGCGAUUUAAAAGUGAUUAAACGAUCGGAGUAAGCGUAAGUCUUAGAAUGAACUGUCAAAAGAGCUUAAAAGAAAGUGGGAAUUAAAGAAAUAAUAAUGACGAUGAAGAAAAAAGCGUUUUAAUCCAAAAAAAGAUGUUUGUUUUUACAAGAAUUAUUAAAGCCGGAUUAAAUCGCGGGAUUUCCGGAGGUGCUUUUUCGAUACACAGCGAUGAUAACGAAAGUAAUAAAGGAAGUGGAGGUCGCAGAAUACGAUUGGUGCCGCAAGAAUUAAAUAAGGAAGCGAAAAUCGAAAGGAGAAUUAAAAUUAAUCCCAGAGACGUCAAUUUUAAACAACAAAAUAUCGAAAACGAACGAUUUCGCACUGCCAGACCGAUUAAAUCGGGCGAUUUUUCUAAAAUCAAAAUGGAACCAACCGUGCAAAAGGUCAUCCCAAAGUUACGAAAAUCAUUGCCCAAAUUAGAACCGCCUAAUCCGAAAUUGGAAGAAAUUUUUGUGGACGAAAACGUACUCAAAGAAGUCUUACAAAAGAAUAGAACCAAAUUUGAGUACGAUAACAAAGAAAAAAUCGUUUCGAAAAAUAUCAUUUCAACGGUAACGCAAACAGAUUCAAGCAAAAAAGGUAACGAUGAUAACGAACAAAACGAACAAGAACAUUCCUGGCAAACGAUGAAGUUCACCUUGACGCUUUUCGGGAUUUCCUUCACCGGAAUCGGAUUAUUUUUGAUCAUGGAAUUGGGAAAGCCGAAAAUUAACGAAGACGGGAUAGAAAUUGAGGACGAAUUUUCGAAUUUGUCGCUAUUAGAGCAAUAUUUGUACAGAACCGCGGAUCAAUUAAAUUAUUAUCGAAAGUUAAUAAACGAGCCAAGCCGAGAAAAAUUAUUACCCGACGAAUUAAAAUAUCCGUAUCACCAACCGCCUUACACGUUAGUGUUGGAAUUAAAAGACGUCCUCGUGCACCCCGAUUGGACCUACAAUACAGGGUGGCGAUUCAAAAAACGACCGGGGAUCGAUCAUUUCUUAGAAACAUUAAAUGGGAUUUACGAAAUAGUUAUUUACACAGCCGAAUUGGGAAUGACGGUGUUUCCGAUUUUGGAGGCCCUCGAUCCCAACAACUUGAUCACGUAUAAGCUGGUUAGGGACGCGACGAAUUUCGUCGAUGGAAAACAUGUUAAAGAUUUGGAUAAAUUAAAUAGGUCACUUCGAAAAGUUGUUUUGGUCGAUUGGGACGAAGCGGCGAUAACAGAAAAUAGGGAUAACGCCUUGUUAAUACCGAGGUGGAACGGCGAUGAUGAUGAUACGGCUUUGUUGGAUUUAGCGAAUUUAUUAAGAG